AUGUUCCCCUGGGGGCUAAGCUGCCUGUCAGUGCUGGGGGCAGCGGGCACCGCUCUCCUGUGCGCCGGCCUGCUGCUCAGCCUGGCCCAGCACCUCUGGACGCUCCGCUGGACGCUGAGCCGGGACCGGGCCUCCGCCCUGCCCCUGCCCAAGGGUUCCAUGGGCUGGCCCUUCUUCGGCGAAACGCUGCACUGGUUAGUUCAGGGCUCUCGCUUCCACAGCUCCCGCCGGGAGCGCUACGGGACAGUGUUCAAGACGCACCUGUUAGGCAGGCCGGUGAUCCGCGUGAGCGGCGCCGAGAACGUGCGCACAAUCCUGCUGGGCGAGCACCGCCUGGUGCGCAGCCAGUGGCCGCAGAGCGCGCACAUCCUACUGGGCUCGCACACCCUGAUCGGCUCAGUCGGUGAGCCGCAUCGGCAGCGGCGCAAGGUCCUGGCUCGAGCGUUUAGCCGUGCGGCGCUGCAGCGGUUCGUGCCCCGCCUGCAGGGGGUGCUACGGCGCGAGGUACGCUCCUGGUGCGCGGCCCGCCGGCCGGUUGCUGUCUACCAGGCCUCCAAGGCUCUUACCUUUCGCAUGGCUGCGCGCAUCUUACUGGGGCUACGGCUGGACGACGCGCAGUGCGCGGAGCUGGCCCGGACCUUUGAGCAGUUUGUAGAGAACCUCUUCUCGCUGCCCCUGGACGUACCCUUCAGCGGCCUGCGCAAGGGCAUCCGGGCACGAGACCAGUUACAUCGGUACCUGGAGGAGGCCAUCGCAGAGAAGCUUCACGAAGACAAGGCUGCCGAGCUGAGUGACGCCCUCGACAUGAUUAUCCACAGCACUAGGGAGCUGGGCCAUGAGCUCUCAGUGCAGGAGCUGAAGGAGACGGCUGUGGAGCUCCUCUUCGCCGCCUUCCUCACCACGGCCAGUGCCAGCACGUCCCUCGUCCUGCUGCUACUGCAGCACCCGGCGGCCGUCGCCAAGAUCCGGCAGGAGCUGGCGGCGCAGGGGCUGGGGCGCGCUUGCUGCUGCGCGCCGGGGGCCGCGGGGGGCGGCACGGGGCCCCGGCCCGACUGCGGCUGCGAGCCUGACCUCAGCCUGGCGGCGCUGGGCCGUCUGCGCUACAUCGACUGCGUGGUCAAGGAGGUGCUGCGCCUCCUGCCGCCGGUGUCCGGGGGCUACCGCACUGCGCUGCGCACCUUCGAGCUCGACGGCUACCAGAUUCCCAAGGGCUGGAGCGUGAUGUAUAGCAUCCGGGACACGCACGAGACGGCCGCAGUGUACGGCAGUCAGCCUGAGGGCUUCGACCCCGAGCGCUUCGGCGCGGCGGGCGAGGAGUCGCGGGGUGCCUGCGGCCGCUUCCAUUACAUCCCCUUCGGCGGCGGAGCGCGCAGCUGUCUCGGCCAGGAGCUGGCACAGGCCGUGCUCCAGCUGCUGGCGGUGGAGCUGGUGCGCACGGCGCGCUGGGAACUGGCCACGCCUGCCUUCCCCGCCAUGCAGACCGUGCCCAUCGUGCACCCGGUGGACGGGCUGCGGCUCUUUUUUCACCCGCUCGCGCCUUCGGCAGCGCGAGAUGGGCUACGCCUCUGACCCUCUGCGCUUCGGAACAAGGCUUGGCCAGCGGCAGCGGCGCGCUCUCAGCGCCGCCCAUCUGCGGCUUCUUAGGUUUCUUAGUGCCGGGCAGGGCGCUCGCUCACUCGCUCGACAAGCGGUCACCGAAUGCA